CUACCCCUCUAUCUUCGUCGUCUACAUAAAAUUAAUAUUCCAUUUGCCGUUUUCCUUCUCUUGCUCCUCGUUAAAGCAACAAUAAAAUAUACUGUAUGGCCUCUCAGGGAAGUGCUGCCUCUCCUAAAGGUGGAAACAGCACCGGCACGGUGCCAGCAGUCAAUCCUAGCUUCGGCCAGUGCGUGUGCUCCCCCUCAACGCAUCCGGGUUCAUUCCGCUGCAGAUUUCACCGGUCCAAGUCAUCGGCGUGGCUGAAGCGAUCCAAGUCCGUCCCGGCCACCACCGAGUCCUUGGCUUCUCUUUCUCCCAAGUCAGUCGAGUCUGCUUAAUCCAGAUAUCAUUUUAUAUAUAUGUACUGAAAUGUGAAAACUGAAAACUGCUGCAGUUGUAUGAUGAAUAUUUAUAUUUUUCUUUUCUGAAUUUUUCGAAAUUAUUUUAGAUUGUAAAAAAUCACGACAUUUUGA